UUUGUCCCUGUUUGUUUCAUGGAGCUGGUCGUUUUGGUCAGAUAUACACACCGAAAACAAAUGGUACGUGACGUGACAGAACGUACAGUCAGUUCUCCUGACGUCACGUCGAGCUUCCCAGCGGCAGUCAGUGCGCGAGAGCCAAAAUGAAGUGAAAUCUGCUGAAGAGAAGCGAAGAGAAAGCCGAGCUCCUACAUCUGGACGAAACCGCUCAUCUGCUCACAGAGUUCGGGCACACAAAUGUCUGGAGUAAUCAUUAUUCUCUCAGAUCACCAUGAAGCUCUUUAAUUUGUUCUUAUUUUAUGACUUGCAAGGCCAAAUCUACUAUAAUUAUGGAUGAAAGUCUCAUGGUUUUGAACAACAUGAGGGUGCAGGAGUACUGCGGUUCAACAUUGAUAUACCAUGGAGAAGAGGUGAUCCUGUCCUUCUACUGCUAAAGAAAUAUAAUCAAAGACCAUGGGGAAUUCAUACGCAGGGCAGCUGAAAUCUGCCCGCUUUGAGGAAGCUCUUCACAACUCUAUAGAGGCCUCAUUAAGAUCGAGCAGUGGUGAUCCACAGCCUGUAUUCACACAGCUGUAUCUCGAGCCCGAUCAGUAUCCUAGCAACCUGGAAGAUAUUAAGCCCAAAAUGAACCUGAGUCUGAGGUCCGACCCAUCCAGCCAUGUGCUGGUGAACUGCCAGUCCUCCAAUUCCAUUGAUGAUAUGGAUGACGAGGAUGAUUCAGACACCAGCAGCCCACCGUUGCCUUACCUGCAGGGACCUCCUCCUGAUGGUUGCUGCACUACUGAUGGGUUCUGUCAAGCAGGAAAGGAUCUACGCCUGGUUUCCAUGGCAACAGAAUCUAUUGAGGUUCCCGCAGGUUUUGAGCUGGUUGGUGCCAAAUCGCCCAGCAUCCCAGAGCACAUCCUUGUCUGUGCAGUGGACAAGCGUUUCCUGCCAGAUGAGAAUGGGAAAAAUGCACUUUUAGGGUUUUCAGGGAACUGUGUAGGCUGUGGUGAGAAAGGGUUCCGCUACUUUACCGAGUUUUCCAACCACAUUAACCUGAAGUUAUCCACUCAGCCGAAGAAGCAGAAGCACUUAAAGUACUACCUGGUGAAGAACUCUCAGGGUGCUCUGUGCAAGGGAGCCCUCAUUUGCUGGAAAGAUUGUAAGACACGGCCAUUCUCAAGCAGUGCUUCUUCAUCCAAGCCUAGUUCUUCAUCCUCACUAAGCGGCAAGGAAAAUGGAGAUACAAAUGGCCACAGUCCAUCUCCCUUCCCCCUCUCAGACUCGCCUCCUGCUCGCAUGCAAUCUGGCUCAUCCUCAGGGAUUUUUGGACCCCCAGAGAUGGGCUUCCUCAAACCGUUGAACACACCGACUCACGGGACCAAGACGUUACCAAUCGUUCCCACUGCCCUGCGAGUAAACGGUCUAACUAAUGGUCUGAGUAUGGACGGGCGGUCCAGUCUACUGAGCCCCCCUCAUACAAAUCCACUCGCCACACCUAAUCAUGGCUAUAGGGCCACAGAAUCUGGAGACAGUCCGGCAUCCUCUAUGUCAUCAGGACCACCCAAAAAGCGCCACCGUAGCUGGCACCCCACCUCUCUAGUGCCCGUCCCAGCCACGGCUGUCCCUGUGCCAGCCAUCCGACCGCUGCCGUGCAGCUCUGGUUCUUUAUUGUCCCUGCCCAAUCAACAGCCUCCAUCAGUGUCAGGGGUCAUACAACCCCAACCAAUCACAGCAGGAGAAACUGUCAUAAUUCCUGACAACCUUCUGAACUCCUCCGGGGUCCGGCCAGUCCUUCUCAUUGGUCAAGGCACUUUACCAUACUUCUUCGGCAAUGUGGGUGAUCUGGUGGUGAGCCCCCUGCUGGUGAGCUGCUAUAAGGGCAGAGAGCUCAAUGAGAAGACCCUCGCCAGUCUGGGCAUGUCGGCAAGCCAGUUACUCACCACAGAGACCAUGAUACUGCUCACACUGCAAUACCUCGCUCGACUGGGUACGGAGCAGAUCCCAUUACGGGAAGAAUUUGAGCAGAUCGUACUGAAAGCCAUGCUGUGCGGCCCGAUUGGCCCUCCCAUGUCGCCGUCCCAGCUGCCCUGGCUAGCUCGAAUGGAAGCCAGUGUGUCAGGGGGCAGCGUUCAGGUUCUGGCCACCCACGGCUCCCUGGGGGAGGGCAUCUCUGAGUCGCUGCGCUCUCUGAGUGAAACGCCACCGCAGCAGCAGCAGUGUCUGCCCAACUAUGUGCUCAUUAUCUGCACCUCCAAAAGUGGAGUAAAUGAGUUCUGCGUGCUCGUGUUGGGGAAAUAUCAGUCUCGGGCCUUGGCAGAGAGCAUGCUCACUACAAAUGAGUUUCUGAAGGAGAUCAGCUAUGAGCUCAUCACAGGGAAAGUUAGUGUGCUUGCCUCGCACUUCCAAAGCACCUCAUUAGGUGACAACAUGGACAAACAGCUGGUUCGGUACCAACGAAAACGCAAAGACAGGGUGGUUCAGCCCUUUCAGGGACAUCUCACCGAAUACAUUCACUCCCAAGAGGCUGCAGCCAUGGUACCAGAAUCAGGGCCAGAUUUGCUUAGUGAUGGCUUUCAGAUACACCCUCCUCAGCUGAGCGUUGCACGCAGCCUUUUGUCGCAGGUGUGUGCUAUCGCUGACUCCGGGAGCCAGAGCUUAGAUCUGGGCCGCUUCUGCAAGGUAGACUUCCUGAUUCUGGUGCCGCCCUCCCACGUCCUGGUUCACCAAACAGUCCAGCGAAUACGACUAUCAGGCGUCCUGAUAGAUCUGGGUAUAGAGGACGCGUCAUUAGCUCUACAGAAGUCUGAGAAGUAUGUGGUGCGUCUGGACGCGGAGGUCCACACAAAAAUGGAGGCCUUCAUGAGGAAGGUCAAACAGAAUCCUUAUACACUCUUCGUCCUUAUUCACGACAACUCGCACGUUGACCUGACCAGCGCUCUGUCGGGGUCGGUUUGUCACGGGGAGCUGCAGGGAUUGGCCGACCGCGUGGUGAACUGUCCAGAGGUUCUGGAAGCAAUAAACUUGCUGGUGCUGCAGGUCAGCUGCUUCCCGUUCACCCUGCAGAGCCGUCAGUCACGCAUCAGUACCCAGAAUGAAGUGCACUGGCCCAACACUGAGAACCUGCAGGGUGAGGCUUCUCCUAAGGACCUGGUCUACUUUGGGCUGAAGGACUACAGCAAGUCCCUGCAGUGGGGAGUGGCAAGUCCAAUCCUUCGAUGUGACGACGCCUUUGAGCGGAUGGUCAAAACCCUGCUUCAGAGGCACCCGCAUUUGCACAGCAUGGUGAUCCGCAGCUACCUGUUGAUACAGCAGUACACAGAGGCUCUAAUGGCCCUCACAGCGGCCCCCUCACUGCGGGAUCACGUGACCCCUCAGACCCUCGCCAUGGUGGAGGAUCUACUGAGUGUGCCAGGCCGCAGCAGGCACGGGUGCGGGCACAUGCUACUGGUGCGCGUGCCCUCGCUGCAGCUGGCACGGCUGGCGCAGGAGCGGCUGGAAGAGGCCCGGGACAAGCUGGGGCUACAGUACCGCUUUGCAGUGCUACUGGGAAGCCCUGCUGCGGAGAUCAGCCUGCCAGUCCACUUCUGUGCCCGUCUGCGGGCUUGGAGGGGCUGUAAAAAUGAAGAGUGGGUCCCACAUACUUAUGAAGAUCUGGAAGGACUACCAUGCAUUGUCAUCCUCACAGGAAAAGAUCCUCUAGGAGAGACCUUCCCAAGAUCACUGAAGUACUGUGACUUGCGGCUGAUUGACUCCAGCUACCUGACACGUACAGCACUGGAACAGGAAAUGGGUUUGGCCUGUUCGUAUGUGACACGCAGAGUAAUACCUGAGACAAAAACUGCAUCAGGUAGAGAAGAGAGACAAAGAGAUGAAGAGAGGAGCUCAGGAGAAAUGGCAGAACAUGAUGAUCUCCAUAUGGAGCUGGAAAGACCACCCAGCAAUGCCAGCGCUGCUACCAGGACCUCUGGCUCUACCACAGAAAAUGGCGUCAGUUCUUCAAGUGUACUCGACAAACCCUCCUCGCAAAGCGACCCGUCCGGUAGCAGAAAUACAAUGGACUCUUGCUCCUCUCCCAUUCGCUUCAAACAGGAGUGUGACUCCCAGGCACCCUCUUCUUCCGGCACGUCCUCGUUCUCCUCUGCCUCCUCGUCCUCUUCCUCUUCCUCCUCUCCAGCAGCUCAGAGACCGAGCCAGUCCACGCAGGCUCCACGUGAAUGUAACAGGACACAGGUCUUCCCCCGGACGGCGGUGCUGUCCAGGGCGGCGUACACCCUGCUGGCCCCUGAGUCGCUGGGUCAGCCCAGUUCAGCAUCUCUGCUGCCUCACGCUGAUGUGGCAUGGAGCAGUCCACUCAGACCGCCUGUUCCUCACGUUCUCGGAGGAGCAGAGCAGUCCCUCUACUAUCGCCAGUGGACCACAGCCAGGCAGCACCACGCAGAUUACGAAGGGCCGGCUGUACCCCAUCCCAGAAGACUCCUGCUGAGUGGGCCACCACAGGUUGGAAAAACAGGUGCGUAUCUGCAGUUUCUACGAAUUCUGUUCCGUAUGCUGAUUCGCCUUCUGGAGGUGGAUGUGUAUGAUGAAGAAGAGCUGGAGGAGGAUCUGCAAGACAAAUCAAAGUUUCCCCCUGCUAGUGGGCCGCAGUGGCCUGACGUGGAAGACAUCCGCAAACUGCCAUUUGACCUCUACCCCCGUGACCACAAGUUCAGAUAUGCAAGUCCAGUGUAUACAGACAGGAUGCCAAAGACACUAAACGGGGUUAAAGUAGAAAGACUAGAAGCAGAAGUUGAGCCACCGAAGAGAAACACAGUGUCUGUUCGACUCAGCCUGUUUGCAGCCCACAAUGCAUUUCACCACUGUGAGCAGUGCCACCAUUACAGUGAGCCUGCUCCUGCCGCACAGCUGUCGGACUGCACCUUCCACGCCUUCACGUUCUGCUCAUCCAUGCUGGGAGAGGAAGUCCAGCUGCACUUUAUCAUUCCUAAAGCCAAAGAGCCUCAUUUUGUCUUCAGCCAGCAGGGCAGUCACUUAGAGAGCAUGCGGCUCCCACUGCUCUCAGACAAGGAGUCUGGCAUGCUGAAAAGUCCGAUCUUCACACCCACAACGGGCCGCCAGGAGCACGGGCUUCUCAACAUCUACCAUGCCAUGGAGGGAGCCGAGCACCUGCACAUUUUGGUGGUCAAGCAGUAUGAAAUGCCCCUCUACAGGAAAUACUGGCCCAACCACAUCCUUCUGGUGCUGCCCGCCAUGUUCAACAACUCAGGAGUGGGAGCGGCUCGAUUCAUGAUCAAGGAACUGUCCUACCACAACCUGGAGCUGGAGAGGAACAGGCAAGAGGAGCAGGGCGUCAAACGACAGGAUGUGUGGCCCUUCAUAGUUAUGAUGGAUGACUCCUGCGUCCUGUGGAACGCCCAUCAACCUGGACCCGAGGGCAACAGUGAGGUGAUGAACGUGUCGCUGAAGAGCGUCCUACAGCACAUGGAGGCCACUCCUAAGAUCUCUCUGUAUGCCAUAUGUGGCCUGCGGAAAUGGAGCAGUAGUUUGUCUUCUCAACCUCCCACAAGCCCUUUCUCUCGCUGUCACCUGCAUGACCUCAUCAUGCUGAAUGUUGACCUCACCCAGAACGUCCAGUAUGACCUCAACCGGUUCACAUGUGAAGAGGUGGACUUUAAUCUGAGGGCAAACAGCAGUGGUCUUCUGCUCUGUCGGUUCAAUCACUUCAGCAUCAUGAAGAAACACAUCCCCAUCGGAGGACAUAAAGACUUCCUCAUAAAGCCCAAACUUAUGAGGAUGGAGACCCCGGUGCGUGUGUGUGCAUCUCAGUAUGUGUGCGCUCCGGACAGUGAACACACACUUCUGUCUGCGCCGGCUCAGUUCCUACUGGAGAAGUUUCUGCAGUCCUGCAGCCAUCGUCUCUUUCCUCUGGCCCACUGUAACAGCGCUAACCCCGUGCUGUCCAUAGAUGGCUACCUCAACCUCGGCCCAGAGAUUCAGGUGUGUUACAUGAGCUCUCGGCCUCACUCUGUGAAUGUGGAUCAUCAAUGCGUGGCCUUCAGUGGGCUGCUGCUCUAUUUGUGUGAUUCCUUUGUCGUUUCAAGCCUCCUGAAGAAAUUCAACUUCCUCAAAGGCGCCACGCUGUGUGUGAUCUGUCAGGACCGGAGCUCUUUGCGUCAGACUAUUGUGCGUUUGGAGCUGGAGGAUGAGUGGCAGUUUCGUCUGCGAGAUGAGUUUCAGACGGCCAACUGCAGCGAGGACCGUCCCCUCUACUUCCUCACAGGCCGCCAUAUCUAAUCUCCACAUCUCCAUUUCCUUUCAACCAUUUGGCCAACACAUAGAGAAGAUGUUUUCCAGCAUCAUAACUCUCGAACUCUGAGAGUUUUUGUGCUUAUGAAGAGAAUAAGACUUGAGAUUCUCAUGGGCUCUCCAGUCAGCACUACCUCGGAUGACGUUUGAGGAUAGAUACUAUGUCCAAAUGACAGAUACUACGCAGGAUACAGAUGUUGUGCGUUUGCCUUGUGUGUUUUCCCCUUUUUUUACAUUUUGAAAAAGCUUCAGGACAUUGCUUGUUGGUGAUUUUGUGUGUCCUAACACGCAAGGACAAUAUGAAGGACAUCUUUAGAUAUGUCCUCUAUAUAUAAAUAUAAAUCUCAGGGUUUUUUGUCUCAAGACAAAAGGACUUACUACUGCUCUUCUUGUCUGCUUUAUGUACUUUUCAUCAUCAACGCCAUUUACCAAAGACUUAUAAACUCCUCAAGAUGGAAGCUCACAUGACAGCACAUGAUGAAUUUAGAUGCAUAAUCUUGGUGGAAUUUCAUUGGGUAAUCCCAACCUAUGUCAUCAAGGUGAAAAAACUAAAUAUCUUUUAUCUUGCCAAAGAUAUUACCUGAUGUUAUCCAAAACACCAUUCCUUGCUCCUCAGAGUUGUCAGUCAUCCAAGUUCGGAUGUUUCAAUUAACCCACAAAGUUCACUUACUGAUAUCAACAUUCGCUAUAUCUAAAGAAAGCUAUUUAUGAUCUUCUCGAUUCCGGCCUUCAACAGCCGACGUGUGCCGGUGUUCAUGAUUGUGAAUGCUAGUUGGUACAUGCCUGAUGUAUUAACCACCUCAUUAUGCUUUAACUGAGGUCAUUGAGUUAAAAGGUCAUUUUGUCUGAAGUUAUUAAUCAUCAUAUUUCUUUGAAACAUUCCUUAUUUUGAAAUAGCUGGGAAUGUUUUGGAGUUGCACACUGUAAAUGCCUUAAGAUGAUGACACAAUCCCAAACUCCACUCCAAAAAGAGACAAUUAAUAUUAGUAAAACAGGUAAGACAUUCCCAUUUCAUAAGGAUCAUAAGGACUAGCUAGCUUAUAUGGUAUGUCUGAGAAUAUGAAUGUUCAGGAAUGGUUUAUCUUUUGGUGUUUAGGACUUUUUGGAUGUUAAAAGAAAAAGCUUUGUUUACAUUUUAAGAAAUGCCAAUAUUAAUAUAUAUGACAGACUUUUUUUGUCACUUUGGAUUCUGGCUAGUUUUACUGAAGAGUCACUUUGAGCCGCAUGUGUCACGGAUCAAAUGCAUUCUUUUAUUUUUCCAUGGCACAGAGAAUCUACCUAGAACCCAUUAGUUUCUGUUUCGGGUGAUUUAUUUAAAAUUAGAAAAAUUGAUCCCUUUUUCGAGGGAUUGUUUUAUUUAUUGAACAAGCUUCUUGGACUGAUAAUCAUUGAAAUAUCAAGAAUGUUUUGCUAGGUCAAGUCCUUGAAUUCGUCACCAAAAGCUUUGCACACUUCCAUUGAAAUUAUGUACAGAUGAUGUAUUAGAAAUUAUCUAAUGUAAACGAAAAAAGCAGAACAAGUGUAUGGAUUACAUUACUUGCCAGUAUGAACCAACUGGAGUGUUUAGUAAAAACUGCAUCAGGUCCCAUAAUGAUUGUAAUGAUGAAGAAAGCCAAAUACCCACUGGACAACCUUUAGAAUGUGUCUCAUUUGUAGAUAAUUUGAUGUGCACAUAAAUUAUGCAAUUUGCUUCUUACAAUCUUUGCAUCUUUCCUGUCAGCUGUGAAUAUUCUAAACAUAUGUAGCACCAAACCAUUUGAAAUCUUCUACCUCAUUAUCUACUGGCCGGCUUUGGUUUAGUAAGCAUUUGAUUUCAGAAUCAUGUUGUUAUUGCUGUUGAGAUAAAUGAAUGUAAUAAAGUGUUAUCAUCAACCUUA